AUGCUCAGAGCUCUCACUCUCAGACGCUCACUCCAGUCCCUCCACCACAACCACCUCAAGCCGCUCAUUUCCACCGCCAUCCCCCAAAACCCACUGAACCCAUUAAGCCCAGCACGUGCAUGUUCCAGUCUUUCAUCGCCAUCAGCAUCUUCAUCAGCCUCUGAGCUCCGCAAGUACUUGGGCUACACAGCCCUCGUCUUGUUCUCCGCUGCAGCCACCUACUACUCCUUCCCUUUCCCUGAAAACGCCAAGCACAAAAAAGCCCAGAUUUUCCGCUAUGCUCCUCUGCCCGAGGAGCUCCACACAGUCUCCAACUGGAGCGGGACCCACGAGGUCCAGACCCGGGUUUUCCACCAGCCUGAGACCCUUGAGGAGCUGGAAAAGGUUGUCAAGGAUGCCCAUGAGAAGAAAACCCGGAUUCGGCCUGUCGGGUCCGGGUUGUCCCCGAAUGGGAUUGGAUUGUCCAGGGCUGGAAUGGUCAAUUUGGCGCUGAUGGAUAAGGUUUUGGAGGUGGAUAAGGAGAAGAAGAGGGUGAGAGUGCAAGCUGGGAUAAGGGUGCAGGAAUUGGUGGAUGGGAUCAAGGAACAUGGCCUUACUCUGCAGAACUUUGCCUCCAUUAGGGAGCAGCAGAUUGGUGGCAUUUUGCAGGUUGGUGCACAUGGUACUGGUGCAAAAUUGCCUCCGAUGGAUGAACAGGUGAUCAGUAUGAAGCUGGUCACUCCUGCUAAGGGAACAAUAGAAAUCUCUAAAGAGAAAGAUCCAGAGCUGUUUUAUUUAGCCCGGUGUGGCCUUGGUGGCCUUGGAGUGGUUGCUGAAGUCACCAUCCAGUGCGUUGAGAGACAGGAGCUUGUAGAGCACACUUCUGUUUCAAACAUGGAAGAGAUCAAGAAAAAUCAUAAGAAAUUACUAUCUGAGAAUAAACAUGUGAAGUACCUUUAUAUUCCAUAUAGCGACACUGUUGUGGUUGUGACGUGUAACCCUGUAUCAAAUGGAAAGGUCCCCCAAAGUUCAAACCCAAAUAUAGCAGUGAUGAAGCCAUACAGCACGUUCGAGAUCUCUACAAGGAAUGCCUCCAGAAGUGCAGCUUGGGCAAGCUUGGUUGGGGUUGGUUUAACCAAGGUCAACCCAGGUCGUGAAAUCCCAACUGGAAUGUUUGUAGUUCCAGUUAAGAAUGACGUGGACAUAAAUGAGCUCUCAUUUACAGAGUUGAGAGAUAAACUGCUUGCCCUAGAUCCUCUCGACAAAGAUCAUGUUGUAAAAGUUAAUCAAGCUGAGGCUGAAUUCUGGAGGAAGUCAGAGGGAUACAGAGUGGGAUGGAGUGAUGAAAUUCUGGGCUUUGAUUGUGGUGGUCAACAGUGGGUUUCAGAAACUUGUUUUCCAGUUGGAACCCUUUCCAAACCAAGCUUGAAAGACCUUGAAUACAUAGAAGAUGUAAAGCAGCUCAUAGAGAAGAACGAGGUACCAGCACCUGCUCCAAUAGAGCAGCGCUGGACAGCAUGCACUAAAAGCCCCAUGAGUCCAGCUUCAAGUACAAAAGAUGAUGAUAUAUUUUCGUGGGUUGGUAUAAUCAUGUACCUUCCUACAACGGAUGCCCGCCAAAGAAAGGAAAUUACAGAAGAGUUUUUCCACUACAGGCGUCUGACCCAAGUACAGUUGUGGGAUAAGUAUUCCGCUUAUGAACACUGGGCAAAGAUUGAGGUUCCGAAGGACAAAGAAGAGCUUGCCUCUCUCCAGGCCAGGCUAAGAAAGCGUUUUCCAGUUGAUGCAUACAAUAAAGCACGAAAGGAGUUGGACCCGAGCAGGAUCCUUUCAAAUAACAAGCUGGAAAAGCUGUUCCCAUUAUCGGACACCAUUUGA